AUGAGGAAACUUUUAAAUACUGCUAUUAUGGACCUAAAAGUAAAAAGGAAUAGUUUAGAAUCAAAAAUAUUUAAAGAUAACUUAAAAUCAUUAAUUAUAAAAAAUAUAGAUAAAUUUGAAAAUGAAGAGGUUCUUAAAAUUAUAGAAAAAUACAAUGAAAAAAAUUACAAAGACGAUAAUAUAUUAAAAUGUAGUUAUGACGCUUUUAAAAACAAUAUACAUAGAUAUUCAUUUGAUCAAAUUAAUAAAAUUUUGAGAUUAUACAAUAUAUCUCAAAUUAAAGACAUUCAAUUUAAUAUAUCAGUUUUUAAUUAUAUAAUAAAAAGAUUAGAUGCAAUAACUCCAUCUAUAAUUGUUAAUAUUUUUCACAAUUUAGUAAAAUCUGGAUUAAGAGAUUACAAAAGUAUUAAUAUAAUAAAAGAUCAUUUUAUUAAAAAUAUUGAUAAAUUUAAUAACUUAGAUUUAACAAUUAUUUUAAGUUCUUUUACCAUAUUACAGGAAGAGUUAUUAAAGAAAUCUACAAAUUCAUACACUAAUGAAAACUCUAAUAAUAUUAUUUGUAAAGAUUCAUUAAAUUCUUCUGAUAAUAAUGAUAUAUUUACAUUAAUUUUGAAUAAAAUAAAAAAUGAUGAAUAUAUUCAUAAUAAUUUAAGUGUUGUCAAUUCUGUUUUAAUAUUAAAUAUGUUAAGCCGAGUAAAUAUUUGCAAUUAUGAAAUUUUUAAAUUUUUUACUAAAAAAUAUUUUAAAAAUUUAAAGGAAAAAGAUUUAGAACCACAUCAUUUUACAUUAUUACUAAAUUCCUUUGCUAAAUGUAAUAUACACAUUAACAUUAUGAAAUAUAUCAUUAAAUAUAUGAAUAAUGAUAAUUUUAUUAAUCAUUUAUCAUAUGUGAAUAUUACGAAUGCGGUUCAUUAUAUGGCAAAAUUUAAUUAUAAAAAUAAACACUUUUUAAUGAAUUUAAAGAAUAAGGUGAUUGAAAUAAUUGAUGAUAUUCCCCAAAGAGAAUUUAGUAACAUUAUAUGGUCAUUAUCUAAGCUAAAAAUUAGUGAUAAUUAUUUUUAUUUAGUUUCUUUUAAAAAAAUUAAAAAAAUUAUUGACUCAUUAGAUAUGAUGUCAAUUGCUCAAAUUUUAGAUGCCAUGAGAAGAAGGAAAAACUUAGUUAAUAAAACGGAUCAGAAUUGCAAUUUGAAGGAAAACAAUUUAAAAAAUGAUAUAAACAACAAAUCAACGGAUCAAUUUAAAAAAUCCACUAAAAUAGAUAACAAUCUAAAUAAUAAUAAUUUGGAGAAUGUUGUUUCUACAGAAAAUGAAUAUAAUAAAGAAAUAGGCGAUAUAAAUAAUAAUAAUUUGGAGAAUGCUGUUUCUACAGAAAAUGAAUAUAAUAAGGAAAUAAGCGAUAAAAACAAUUACUACAAAGAAAAAAACUCCGAAGAGAUAGAAGAGGAAAUAUAUGAGAAAAAUGACAAUAAAGAUGAACUGUCACAAAAUGGAUUAAAGCAAAAAAUAGAUGAACUAAAAGAAAACAAAAUAGAUAUAUAUAAUAUAUCUGAAGAAUAUGAAAAGGAUAUUACUGAUUUAUUAGUAAAAAAGUAUUUAGAGCAUAUUGAAACUUGUUCUCUUCAUGUAUUAACACAAGUUCCAUUUUGUUGCCUACAAUUAAACUAUACUAAUUAUGAUGUUUAUUAUAAAUCCCUUGAAACUUUAAAAAAGAAAAGAAAUUAUAUAAGCACUUUAAAUUUAAUAUACGCAAAAUAUUUUGUUAGACUUUUUAUUGAAAAACAAGAAAAUAAUUUUCAAAAAUUGCCUCGUUCUCUAAAAUGUUUUGCUAAAGAUAUUAUGAACUGUGAUAAUUGA